AUGAACGACGUUAAGUUGAGCGGCUCCCCAUUAGCCGACCGAAGUGGCGGGGAUCGCGAUUCCGCCGAGAUCACUGAGCAUUCAGAGCCCAUGGACUCCGGCAAGGACCAGCCGAAUGGCAGCAAGGCAGAGAAUGGCCGUAAAGCGACCAACGCUAAGGACCCGUCGCGACCGCGUCGGAAGAAGGCGCGGCGUGCGUGUUUUGCCUGUCAGCGAGCUCAUUUGACUUGCGGCGACGAGCGGCCUUGUCAGCGCUGUAUUAAGCGCGGUCUGCAGGAUGCUUGCCAUGACGGUGUUCGCAAGAAGGCCAAGUAUCUCCACGAUGCCCCGGACGGCGCACUGAUGCCCGGUGUGGGAAGCAACAACAACACCACCAACAACAACAACAACAACACUUUCUACAGCAGUACGCUCCGCAACAAUCUACCCGGAUCUCGAAAUGGCAGUGCGAAUACUCCGCAACAGCAAACACCCAACACCAACAAUUUCUACCCCACCCCCCAGCCACAAGCUCAGCCGCAGCCGGGAUCUUACAAUAUGUACCAGGAAUCGUCCAUGAGCCAGAGCCCCUUCACCACCCAGUCUCCCGUUUCGCCUACGUUCAAUCUGAAGACUAGUGCCAAUGACCGGAAUUCCAGCUUAUCGUCUACGGUGAACCAGCAGCCCACCCCGACCACUACUCUCGCAGGUGAUACCAGCCAGCCGCAGAAUCCAUUCGCGGGGCCGUUUUUCGACCCCAGCGACCCGGCCCUCUUCAACUUUGAUCUAUCAAGCAUGAACUUCGAGAACCGCUAUGGUGCUCUCGAGUUCGGUAUGCUCGGUCAUAUGGCUACUGGGGCCGGCGAUUCACCUACCGACUCGGCAACGCAGCGAGGGUCGAUCGGCCGCAGUGGGUCUGCCCAGUUCUCCACGCCAGCUCCCGGGUUUGGAGAAAGUCCGGGGAAUCAGCAACCCUUCAUGUUUGGCGAUCCCUUACUCAAUGAGUGGCCGGCCGGGCAGACCUCGGGCCCGCACGUGAAUGUCGGAGGCGUAUAUGGGCAGAAUGGCAUGCUACCCGGGCACAUGAAAGCAGAUGCACCGCAUGCAUUCGCAAUCGAGAGCGGUCCUGCGAACUUGACCAGCCCCGGCUCAGCUACCAGUCCGCAUGUGACUCAUGCAGGCUUUGAUGAAGCAGGGUUCAAUGCGGCUGCCGCCAAGGCCAAUACACUCGCUCCCAAUGGUACGCGACCGGUGAUCACCACGCCAAGCUUGAAGCAGAGCUUCCAGGUGGCGCCCAAGCGACGUCAUCGCAACCCGUCCUCGAUCUACGAGAGUGUGAAGGAGCCGUACGCUUACACGAGUGGAUUCCACAAUCUUACUGCCUUUAUCCAGCGCCGAUUCACGCCGCAGAAGACUGUCCGGAUUGCCAAAGCGCUGGCAUCUAUCCGGCCGUCGUUCAUCGCGACAACCAAGACUUUGAACCGAGAUGAUCUGAUAUUCAUGGAGAAAUGUUUUCAGCGGACACUCUUUGAAUAUGAAGACUUCAUCAAUGCCUGCGGCACACCAACAAUCGUCUGCCGACGCACAGGAGAGAUUGCCGCGGUAGGCAAAGAGUUUAGCAUCCUUACUGGAUGGAAGAAGGAUGUCCUUCUUGGCAAAGAGCCGAACAUGAACGUCAACACGGGCGCUUCACCAACGUCAGGCACCACAUCACGAGGCAGCUUCACCCCACGCAGCUCAACGCUAGAACACUCGGGCGCACGCCCGCAGCCCGUUUUCCUGGCCGAGCUACUAGACGACGAGAGCGUUGUAGAGUUCUACGAGGACUUUGCACGGUUAGCGUUCGGCGAUUCCCGUGGUAGUGUCAUGACACGGUGCAAGCUACUUAAAUACAAAACCAAAGAAGACAUGGAGGUUGCGCAGUCCGACGAGGGCAGGUGGAACAACCACAUCCGCAAAGGCGGAAUCGCCGGCGAAGCUGGUAUGAACCAGCUAGGAUUCAAGGACGGCAAGGUCGAAUGCGCGUACUGCUGGACAGUCAAGCGCGAUGUAUUCGACAUUCCCAUGCUUAUCGUGAUGAACUUCCUUCCGUGCAUUUGA